CUCAGGGACUUCCUCCAGGCUGGAACCCCGCCUCCAACCCAAGCAGGCAUAAGCCCACCUGCUGCAGGCCCAAGGAGUCUCAGAGGAGGAGGAGAAGAGUCACCAUGUCCCUUCGGAGCAGAGAGCAACAGCAGAGGCCAGGGGGCCUCAAUCCUCGUCUUGGGAGUACCCUGUUUCUGCUAGUGCUGUCCACGGCCUCCAUCCAGGGGGGCUUCCCCAGCCCCAGUGAGUGUCUGACUUACCAGUCCAUCAACAGCAGCUCCGUGGCCUGCUAUGCACCCUCCACGUUCCCCAGCCCCCUCUCCAAAGACACCACACACCUGGCGGUGGAGUUUUCCAACCUGACCCAACUGCCGGCUGAUGCCCUGCAGGGUGCCCCCAACCUCCAAGAGCUGCAUCUCUCCAACAACCGACUGCAAGAGCUGCCAGCCGAGCUCCUGGCACCCGUGCCUGGCCUGAAGGUGCUGGACCUCACCCACAACGCCCUUACUCAGCUGCCCAUGGGCCUCUUCCGGGCCGCAGCCACCCUGCACACCCUGGUGUUGAAGGGAAACAGGCUGGAGGCCCUACAGGCCUCAUGGCUGUACGGCCUGAAAAUACUGGGUUUCCUGGACCUGUCUGGCAAUGGCCUCCAGACUCUGAGCCCUGGGCUACUGGCCAACCUCACCGGCCUGCACACCCUGGACCUCGGGGACAACCAGCUGGAGGUCUUGCCACCUGACCUCCUGCAGGGCCCGCUGGAUCUGGAGCGGCUGCACCUACAGGGGAACCGGCUGCGGGCACUUGGGGAGGACCUGCUCUGGCCCCAGCCAGGCCUACGCUACCUUUUUCUCAAUGACAACAAGCUGGCUAAGGUGGCGGCCGGUGCCUUCCAAGGCCUAAGGCAGCUGGACAUGCUAGACCUCUCCAAUAACCUGCUGACCACCGUGCCCAGAGGGCUCUGGGUAUCCCUGGGAAAGCCUGCCCGGGACAUGCGGGAUGGCUUUGACCUCUCUGGCAACCCCUGGAUCUGUGACCAGAACCUGGAUGACCUCUAUCGCUGGCUGGUGGCCAACAGGCACGUGAUGUUCUCACAGAACAAUACCUGCUGCGCUGGCCCCAGGGCUUUGCAGGGCCAGCCCCUCCUGACAGUGGCAGGAUCCCAGUGAGCCUCUGGGCUGGCUGGGUGGAAGAGCACAGCACCUACUCUGCACGUGUGAGCUGCGGGGACCCACGCUCCCCCAGUGCACACUGGGCUUCCUGCCUUUAUUGCCUUAGCUUACGCCAUGCACGCAACCUGGGAUACCGUCCUGCACUCCCAGAAUCGCUUGCUCUCCGGGCUCCCCUCAGGCCCCGUGUCCCUCUCUCUGGCCAAGCCCCAGCUGCACUGCAGCUGUCUCUGUCUGCUUCAUCUUUCCCAGAUGAGGGGCUCUUGAGUUCUGGCCAGGGCCCCACCCCACUCCUAGCCAGAAUCCCUGGCAUGUUAAUAAAUAACUGAUGA